AUGCCUGUAUCAAUUCACACGCGUUCGAAAUCUCAGGAAUCUGCUCAGUUCGAAAUGAGCGACGUUUUCAACACGCCCAAUUCUAUGCUGCAGCAACAACCACGCGGCCCAAUUUCGGAGCCAGGUCCUAUGCCGAACCCUCGUCCUCAAGGUCAGAAUGGAACUCAUGUAAAUGGACAAUCAAAACCUCGCCCACCUGGCUCAGCAAUCCAUGACUUUGCAUACCCAAGCGGCCAUCCAGCUAUACAACAAGAUCCGAGCAAUAAUGCGAGAAGCGCCACCCAGUCGCCCGGUCUAUGGAAACCCGAGGAGACCAGAGAUAUGCUAGAACUGCAGAGGGACCCUGUGCACUCGGAGAACACACAGCAAGCUAUACAGGCACAGCAGACUUUGCAAGCGCAUACAUAUUUGCAGGAUCAAGGUGACGCUUUUGACGAGAGCAUGGCAGGUGAGACUCUGCUGCCUCGCACAUUUGGCGACGAUAAGAAGGAAGAAGGGGAUGAUGGUGCUGCUCGUGAUCAGCUGUGA